AUGAUUGUUAGAUGGAAUAGUUCGGCCAACUGUCAACCUUCUUCGGACAAUAAACCCACAAUGAGCGAUAACGGACCUCCGUUCACUGUGGAGAAUGUGACUGAAUCACGUGUAGAAUUAUGGCUUACGGUUGAUAACGGGACGAAAAAAUCUGCUCCACUCACGGUGGGCACACUGGACCGGAGUGGUGAUGAAGCGAUAGCUGAUUUGUUGAUCAAAAAGUCUGAUGUUGGUGAUUUUCAACUGCAUAUUUGGUUUGCACAAACGUGGUCCACCACAGCGUCGAAGCAAGUAGCUGCCGUGACACAUGAUGGUUGUGGAAAAUGCAGCUCAUUGUUGCUGUUCAAACAAAGCGGUUCCGAGAUUCCGGAUGCGCCGAUCCAGAUUGUCAAUGACCUGUGCACACAGCAAAAGCCGUUGACGGUUCAAGUUUCCGAUCUCCUGGUUGACGCAAAGUACGGAACUGCGAAGCUCCCGACCGACACCGUGCUGCAGCUAAUAUCAGAGCGCAUGAGCGUGUUCACAUACAAUGAACCUCAAACGGAACCACUCGAUGGCGCUUCUUGUCUACCCGAAGAUGCUAUGCACCCAACAUUUUAUUUCACCGAGGACGACCUGCAACAAAUUGCCGCCUCCAGUGAAGGAGUCUUCAGUAUGUCCUUUGUGCCUCUAAUCGGUUCGACAUACCGGAUCAAAUUGAGGACCUAUACAAAUAAUGCCGCUUCGGAUAGUCAGACGGAACAUAUCACUAUUUCCGGUGAGUUGCUCAGGUUAUAUUCAAACAGUUAA